CCCGCCCAGGUGUGUGCAGUCCCACGCUUGUUAUGUCACUUCCGAUUCAUGGGUGCCGGCAACAGAGGCGCAGAGAAUCAGGACCGAGCAAACGUCGUUCCUUACGACAGUGCUCUCAGCGCUGUGGCGAGCGCCACAUCGUUUACAACGCCGCGCGAGACAUCACCUUCGGGUAUCAGCUCAACUUCAGUCAUGGCAACCGCCGCAGCUCCGGCGCCAAUUCCGACUGGGAUGUUCUUGCGCGAUCGUGCACGCAGACAUAGUGCGACCGCACCUGCGCAGGGAGUCAGCCCUCGACUGCCAGUCGAAACGACAAUGCCCAGACCUGCCUCGGCUUCGGGUGACAUCAGAGUGCGCGCCAAUCAACAGCUUACUGGGCUUCUGGACGACAUGCGCCGACGAUCACAGCCAACGGACACGCUCACGAGACUGGCUGCUCGAGCGAUUCCCAGAGACCUCGUUUGUCCCAUGGGCUUUGCACAGAUUGCUUUACGCGUCCAUGAAGCCGGCCGUUUCCCGGGUGUAUUCGCCAUGCCCCCGUAUCUCGAAUCGCAAAGGCCGAAUGAGCUCAUCGUCUGCCUUGAAAUCGUCGAGCUCGGGGCGUUGCUGAAGAUAGCCAUCGGCUUCCAACGUGCACGCCAAAACAACGACAAGGACCAUUUCGGUAUCUGCUAUGUGUCACAUCAGAACUAUGACCUCAGCCUCGUCGAUGGUCUACGAAUGAUCUUGGAGGCAAUCGACAGUACCCGAGAAUUUGAUCACUGUCAGAAGAUCAGCAUCUUUGUUCCAUCUCGCGCGCUUCUGGCUGUCGUUCGAUCAGCCCCUUGGCACCUGCUCCCAUCGACGCGCCGCCAGACUGUCAUUCUGCUCACUCACACAUCGGAUGCAGAGCCCAACUCGCUCAAGAAACGCAUACGAGUUAUGGCGGCGAGCCCUGGCAACGACUCUCGCGAGCUACAGAACAUCACGCGCGCCCGAGUUGGAGAUCUAAUCGAGCAGGCGCAUGUCCAUUGAGCAAUCAUGUUGCCGAGUCUGAUGGCCGAGGCGAGGCAAGUAGCGAAUGAGCAGAUCAGCAAUGUAGUCGGUAGAGCUGGCCUGCAGACACGAGAGUACUCAGCAGGAUGCAAGGCUGUUCGGUGGAUGGCAAUCCACCCAAAUGGCGUGAGAUUUGCUCCCGGACUGGUGAC